AUGGAUAAGGAAUUUCAAUUUAUUAAAGACUUAGCAUUAGUUAAUGAUUAUCCAUUAAGAUUUAUCGAAUGCCAAAUUAAAAAAACACUCAAUAGAUAUUUAGAAAAAUCUAAUAUGUUAAAUAAUUCGAAUAAUAAACAAACUAAAUCUGUUGAUAAUAGUUCCAAAGGUCCACAAAUCCUUAUUGACUUACCUUAUAUCGGUAAACAAACGAAUAAUUUAAGCAAACAAAUUAUAGGUUUAGCGAAAGUAACUCGACCUGGUUUACAUAUACAACCAAUUUCUCGUCCACCACGAUCAGUUACAUCUUUCUUUUCAGGGAAUGAUAAAACUCCAAAAGAUUAUCAGUCGAAUGUGGAUGAGUAUUUUCGCUUAAAUGUAAAAAAAUUAAUUGCUCUUGCUUUUGUUCCACUAGAUCAAGUUAUCACUGGCUUUGACUUAAUUUGUGAUCAAUUCGACGAUGACGCCGACGAUUUACUCGAUUAUGUUGAAAAAACAUGGAUUGGUGAAAAAAGCAGAAGAGGAGCUGGUCGAAAGAAUCCUCAAUUCGAUCAUAAAUUAUGGAACGUUUAUGAUCGUGUCGUCGCUACGAUACCUCGAUCCAAUAAUUCGGUAGAAGGCUGGCACAAUGCAUUUGCUAACCGUGUUGCAUUAAAUCAUCCAAAUAUUGUGAAAUUGGCGGAGAAAAUUCGUCGUGAACAAUCAACAUUUGAAGUGGACGUGGCGAAGAUUCUUCAAAGUCACAAUAUUAAGACGAAAAAGGCCUGCUACCGAAAAUUGGAUGAACAUAUUAAUCGACUGGUCAACGGAUCCGACGCAUCCCAACUGGAUGAAUUCUUAAAAAAUAUGGCAGCCAAUGUUACUCUUUAG